ACACGAACCAAGUUUGUUCACAGGGAUGCAGGCGCGCGGAGCAGCCUGAAUAUGGCUCUCUACCGGAUUUACUCAUCCCUUCUUCUUCUUCUUUUCCUUCUUCACGCUUUAAUAUACUGCGGAGCCUUGAGGAAUUAUCCAGAGAAUGAAGUUACUCUGCUGGAUUCCAUGUCAGCUCCAGGAGAUCUGGGCUGGGAGGCCUACCCAGCAGAGGGGUGGGAGGAGAUCAGCGUGAUGGACGAGAGGAACACGCCCAUGCGGACGUACCAGGUGUGCAACGUGAUGGAGGCCAACCAGAACAACUGGCUGCGCACGGGCCUGAUCGCCCGUGGCGGUGCCCAGCGUGUCUACGUCGAGCUCAAGUUCACGCUGCGCGACUGCAACAGCCUGCCAGGCGUGCCAGGCACCUGCAAGGAGACGUUCAACGUCUACUAUCACGAGUCGAAUAGCGGCACGCCACCGCCACUGCGACACGCCCGCGAGAGCCAGUACGUGAAGGUGGACACCAUCGCUGCAGACGAAAGCUUCACACAGACGGACGUGGGCGACCGCGUCAUGAAGCUCAACACAGAGGUGCGCGAUAUUGGCGGCCUCACCAAGCGGGGCCUGUACCUGGCCUUCCAGGACCUGGGCGCGUGCAUCGCCCUGGUCAGCGUGCGCGUCUUCUACAAGCGCUGUCCGCUGGCGGCACUCAACCUGGCACGCUUCGCAGACACAGUGACGGGCGGCGACUCGGCACUGGUGGAGGUGCGCGGGGCAUGCGUGGAAGACGCCGAGGAGCUGGAGGUGCCGCGCAUGUUCUGCAGCGCAGACGGCGGCUGGCUGGUGCCCAUCGGACGCUGCGUGUGCAAGCCAGGAUUCGAGGAAGUGGACGGCCGCUGCCAGUCCUGCCGUUCCGGCUUCUACAAGGCGUCCGCCAUGAACGCCUACUGUGUGAAGUGUCCCCCGCACAGCUACUCUGCCCAGGACCAGGCCUCUGAGUGUGCGUGUGAGAGGGGCUUCUACAGAGCGGAAACGGACCCUCGCUCUAUGGCCUGCACAAGACCUCCCUCAGCACCUGGGAACCCCAUCUCCAUGGUGAAUGAGUCAGCAGUAACCCUGGAGUGGAGCCCUCCGCGUGACCCCGGAGGCCGAGGGGAUGUCACCUACAGCGUCUACUGCAAAAAGUGCUCGGGGGCUGGCGGGGCCAGUGGGGCCGGCGAGAGAUGUGUUUCCUGUGGGAGCGGCCCCCGAUUCAGCCCCCGGCAGCUGGGCUUGACCCAACCACGGGUGCUGGUAACAGAGCUCCAGCCGAGGACCAACUACACCUUCAGCAUCGAGGCCCAGAACGGGGUGUCAGACCUGAGUCCCAGCCCCCGUCAUCUAGUGUUCAUAAAUGUCACCACCAGCCAGACAGUUAGCGUAAUUGUUAAGGAGAGGAGGAGCAAGGACAGCAUCACGCUGGCCUGGCAGGGUCCAGAACCUUCCGACGGGACCGUGGUGGAGUACGAGGUGACCUAUUACGAGAAGAAUCAGCGUGACCAGAACUACACAGUGCUGAAGACCAAGUCCACCAGCAUGACGGUAGAGGGCCUUAAGCCAGGCACCACCUAUGUGUUUCGAGUCAGAGCUCGCACGGACAGUGGCUACGGUAACUACGGCGGGGAGAUCGAGUUGGAGACAAGCCAUGAAGACGUGUUGGCAGUGGGGGACCCGAACCAGCAGACGAUCCUGGCUGUGUCCAUAGCAGGAGGUGUCGUCUUCCUCAUCCUCCUGGUGGCUUGUUUCGUGAUCAGCGGCAGGCACUGCGGUUACAUCAAAGCCAAACAGGAGCCCGAGGAGGAGAAACUACAGUUCCAGCAUGGGCGAGUCCAGCUACCUGGAAGUAGGACGUACAUCCACCCGCACACGUACGAGGAUCCGAACCAGGCCGUGCGGGACUUCGCUAAGGAGAUCGACGUCUCCAGCAUUCGCAUCGAGAGGGUGAUUGGCGCCGGUGAGUUUGGUGAAGUGUGCAGCGGACGCCUGCGACUGCCCAGCAGAAGGGAGAUCCACGUGGCCAUUAAGAGUCUGAAGGCGGGCUACUCUGAGCAGCAGAGGCGGGACUUCCUGAGUGAGGCUAGCAUCAUGGGCCAGUUCGACCAUCCCAACAUCAUCCGUCUGGAGGGUGUCGUGACCAGAUGUAAGCCUGUGAUGAUAAUAACAGAGUACAUGGAGAAUGGUUCAUUGGAUUCAUUCUUGAAGAAGCAUGACGGGCAGUUUACGGUGAUCCAGCUGGUGGGAAUGAUGCGUGGCAUCGCAGCCGGCAUGCAGUACCUCUCCGAGAUGAACUACGUGCACCGGGACCUGGCGGCCCGCAACAUCCUGGUGAAUGGGAACCUGGUGUGCAAAGUGUCAGACUUUGGGCUGUCCCGUGUGCUGGAGGACGACCCGGAAGCAGCAUAUACCACCAGGGGGGGCAAGAUUCCCAUUAGGUGGACAGCCCCCGAGGCCAUCGCCUACAGGAAGUUCACCUCAGCCAGUGAUGUGUGGAGUUAUGGCAUCGUCAUGUGGGAGGUGAUAUCCUAUGGCGAGCGCCCCUACUGGGAGAUGUCCAAUCAAGACGUGAUAAAGGCCAUAGAUGAGGGCUACAGGCUGCCGGCGCCUAUGGACUGCCCCGUGGUGCUGCACCAGCUGAUGCUGGACUGCUGGGAGAAGAGCCGGGGCGAAAGACCCAAGUUCAGCCAGAUCGUCACCGCCCUGGACCGGUUGAUCCGUAACCCCAGCAGCCUGAAGCAGCUGGCCAAUGGCACGGUCUGGGAGGAUUCAGGCACCCCUGAGCCUGAUGUCAGCACGGUGGAGGACUGGCUGGAAUCCAUUAAGAUGGCUCAGUACAAAGAUCACUUCUCCAGCGCUGGCUACGUCACCCUGGAUUCUGUCCUCUACAUCAGUGUCAGCGAGCUGGGGAAGAUGGGCGUGACUUUGGUGGGCCAUCAGAAGAAGAUCCUCUCCAGCAUUCAGAGCCUGCAGGCUCAGCAGGGCCCACACGUGCAGGUAUAACCCCCGGAAUCUGCCUCCAGCCCUGUACCCGCUCCUGGCUUUCCCGCUCCGAGCGCCGCGUCCAGCUGGCGUGGGAGCCUUCCAGACCCAUGCGGACGUGUCCUACCACCAACCACCCCAGCCACCUAUUCAGUCCUUUCAGUCCCCAAGGUCACAGCCAACCCCAGGAAAAACCCCGGCAGUCUGCCCGCCUCCAGGGGCUGGCUAGGAUGCUCAAGUGCCCAGACCAGACUCGCACCGCACUGUGGAAAUGACGUGGACAGAA